AGGGGGGUGGGCAAGGUGUUUUAAUUGAUUUUUUUGUCCUUACAGCUAUUGGAAUCGAGAGUUAAGUCAAUAUGGUUUGAUCUCUUCUCUACAGACCGGAUCUAUUUUUCUACCCAGCAAGUGUGUUGUGCUCUGAGGUGCCCGUGUGUGUGUGUGUAAAAUAUAAUUAGAGUGGAAUUUAGAAGUGAACACACUUUUUUUUUUCGAUAUAAUAGAGUUGUAAAUAUUGCAAACUGAUCAUCGUCUUGUUUUAACGUUAUGGACCGCUACAAACCUAAAUACAUCCCAAGCUGGGAGCGGGACUACACCAGCAACAGAUGGGCCGUCAGGCAGUGGAACCCACCACAAGGGUUCGGGGUCUAUCUUUUCAUCAAGUUCCCAGGCAGGGACGUCGAGUUCGCUGCCCAGACCGUGGUCCUUGGCAAGAGGGCAGUGACCACUGCCAGGGGAGAGUUUAUAGGCAUCGCUCGCAAGGUUCACGACCUCAGUUCCGGCCCACGCCAGAGAGAGGCCCUAGUGGUUUAUCUGUUCGAGUCCACAGAGGCGGCUACUAGAUUCUUUGUUAGUGACAACAGGUUCAAGCAGCCAGACUUUCCGCCUCCAUCUGGUGCUUGUGAAGCCUGGACAGUGGUCAAGUUCCUGGAGACCAGAAACGAUGACCUGUUUAAGACCUACAUGCUAUGUGAUAACACUCUCAGGGGCGGCACCUAUUCAGAAUACAAAGAACACUUUGCCAACCCAUUUGCUCAGCUGAUACUGGACUAUGGAGGGCAGCCUUUUGUUGUCCAGUCUAUAGGAGUGGACUCCCUAAGACGUCAUCACGUUGACCAGAACACAAUGGUCACUUUACAUCUCUUCAAAAAUGAAGACGACAUCAAGAGAAUGAUGAUGGACCCUCGCUACGAAGACUUAAAGCGGCGUCAGAUCUCCAUGGCAACAGACUUUACCUCAGUGUUUACGAUUGACCCACAAGCCUGUCCGUAGUUACCAAACGCACACACACACUAAGACUUUUGGUGACAUAUUCACUUUUAUAUAAAUAUUUAUGAAAGAAGUUUUUCGUGUCACGUGACAUGUCUUGUCACACAUUUACGCUUGAUCUACUCGUUCAUGUUGAUACCCAAAAACAAAACAAAAUAUCUUACCAACAAAAAACACCAAUAUUAAUUUAAACAAAAAAGGAUAUUGUAUAUUUAGCAGACAUAACACAAAAGUUUCAUUAAUGUACAUUGUUCUCAACAAAACGGUUUUCACUAAAAUGCCGUUUUUUUUUCUUAAUACAACAUUUUGUUUUACUUUCCAAUCUGUGAUAUAAUUGUAUUCUUGUAGACUGUGAUACUACAUACAUCAUGUCAUGUUACGUUCAUAUUUCAUUACGUGUACAAUCCUAUUAUGUCUUCUUUGUUUGUUGUACUAUUUUAUUUGUAUUGGCAACCAAGUCAAUGCUCUCCUCGCACUCUACUUCUAGACGUCUGUUUGUUUAUACACUUUCAGACAAUGAUGUCUUGGUUCUAUAGUGUUAUAGCCUUCCAGUAAUUGAUGUUUCCUGAUCCAAUCACUCUGUGGUGUCAUAAGUCGAUAAAGGUUUUUGAAAUGAAUAAAAUCGUUGUUAAAUUUGUUGAACUUUUUAAUCAGAUUUACUAUGAUAACAAGCGUUGCAUAGAUGGGUCUGCAACAAUCUCUCUCUCUUGUUUUAUCAGGGGAGGGUGAAAAGGAAUACAUAGACACUCUUAUUUAACUUUCUUUUAGGAAUGGAAUAGAAGUAUUGUAAAGAGAUACAUAACUUUGUGGAAACUUCAGAAACCUAGAAACGUAGAUGCAUGGACGCGAUUCUCAGAAACGGCUCUUACGAUUUUCCUAGAAAUUUGACAGUUGCUUUGUAUUGUUUGGAAUGUAAUUACUAACUUGUGGGCCACACUCUGGGAAAACUUUAGUUUGACGAUUAUAAUUUUCAAGUUAAAAAAAAAGUACGAGAAACGUAUCUUGAACGAACUCAACGUCCUCUGGUAUGAACGGACUCUACGUCCUCUGGUCGUACCACAUUCAUUCAAGAUGUAUGUUCAGGAACAUUUUGCGCAUCGUCUUCUAAGUCUAGAUCUAAAGGGCUGUCAUUGGAAUAGUAUAGUCUAGUAGAUAUAUACAUUCGCUUAACCAGGGUUCAUUUGGGCGGGGAUGGGUGGGAAUAGGGAAGAAUUUAAAUGAUCCUUUUUUUUAAAUCUUUCUUCCAUUAGUUAUUAGGGAAAAAUAAUCGCUCAAUAAGUUGUAGAAAGGAAGUUUAUUGUCUUUGAAGGGAAUAUUUCUAUGUUUUUGUUUGUUUUCAUUUGUGUUUAUUUUUCUCAAACGAAAUCGUGGAGCUGUUGAACAGUUAUUUGUCUGACGUCUGAGUAUUGUUUAUGUCUUAGUUUGACGUUCACUUAUCUCUGGAUCAAUACAUGUAUUUGAGCUUCUGCCUUCACUUUGCACAACAGUAGGACGCACUGUCCACGUGCAACAAAAAGAUAAUUAUGUUUUCAGAUUGGUUCCAUCAAUUCUCUACCUAUUCAUGUACAGACACUUUAACCCUUGAACUACUGAAGACAAAUAUUUUAAACACUAUCUUCUUAAAACUUUUAAAAAAAAUUAGUUAAUGCCAUAUAAGUCAUGUGAGGUAAUGCAGCGUUUCUCACACUGAGAAGGAGGACGCAAAGCCGUGUACUCUAUUUCUCAAGAGACUUAACAAUAUUAUAGAAAAUUACUUUUAAAAAAUACAACAAAGCUUAUAUCGACACAUUGUUGUAUCAAUUAGGUUGAAUCAGUCAUGUAAUUAACUUUGUAAUAGAUUUAGACCAGCGGCGGCCUUAGUAGUGCGCGGGGCCCUGGGCGAAUGUCAAGGGCCCUUUUUUUGUUACAAAACAUACUACCUUACAUAAGUACUGUACUAUUGGCCUUUUAACUGCAUAAACUCAAAGUGUUCUCCACUUGAACUCUUAGACCUGAUACAUCCACAAAACGCAUAAAAGACAUUUGCCCUUAGUGACUUACAUGAAACGUGCAGUGAAGGGUGACGGGAAAAGAUGCCAUCAGGUCCAUAACCUCGUUUUAAAUCUCAUAUCCGAGGUACCGGUACUGGUCGUGAGCCUUGGCGUUCUUAAUUCGUCGAAGAUGUUCUAUUAAGGUCGACAUUUCAAUCAUCUCAACCAAGCCUAAAAGCAGACCGUUGUUCGGUGUAUAAAGUUUCUCCGCUAUCCCACGAAAUGCGCUGUUUUUUUUUACCAACGUAGUUUUUCAUUUCUAAUUUCUUCUAGCAUCAAGUCAUCCAUUGCACUACCAUUGGACAUUUUAAGACCUUCAUUCAACCACGCUGACACAUGCUUAGAAUUAUGGAUGACUGCCUGGCCGUGCGGUAUGCGCGCUGGACUGUUGUUAGGUCGUCUCGAUGGUUGGGGGUUCAAACCCUGCUCGUACUACGGGAGAUUUGAACCAGGAUAUAGAUUAUUUUCACUCUGAAGGAACAUCCGAAACAUUUAAUAUUUUACAAACAUUUUAACGUGAUUUACAGAAACCUCGUACUGCUGAAUUUUGCCAAAAUGUUUCCAGUCGAAGCAGCUUUCGUUUGCCAAUUGUCCUCCAGUGGCUAUCGUGUCAAACAAACAAGAAAAUAGAGUCUUUAGUCUUUGGUACAAGAACAAAGAUUACGAUAGAAACUAUAGUGGUCUAUUGACUUUUUCAGAUCUGACUAUCUAAUAAAAAAAUUAUCUGCGGUU